CCCCGAUCAAUCAAGGAUAUCCACAAGGCAUUUUCCGCACAAACCAUGGACGCGGCGAAGGAAGAAGAGGCGGCGACGUUCCUGGAUGGAAACAAGUCGGACAGAUUCAUUUGGAUCGAACCUGCCUUCCACCGCGGCAAGUCGCUCGUCGUGCGCACGAGUAAAUCCGUGUGUGGGUUUGGCCCCCGGUGGUGUUCGGUUGGCCCGCAUUGGCCGAUCAUGCUCGUGACAUUCGUUGCCUUUGCGGGGUUUGCAUGCUUCACAAGUUAUGUUGUGUUGACUAGUUCAGAGGUUUCUUGGACGGAAGCGAUCGGUGGGAUCUUGCUCCUCUUGAGUUCACUCGUGUCGUAUGGACUUGUGGCAUGCAUUGAUCCCGGUGUCAUGCCGUAUUCCCCGAUGCUGAAGCACCCCACCGACAGCUACUGCGACUACUGCGCAUCCUUCCGACCAACAGGAACGACCCACUGCUCCGAGUGCCAAGUGUGCAUUUUGGACUACGACCACCAUUGUCCGUGGACUGGCAAGUGCAUUGGCAAGUACAACUUGCGCUACUUUUACCUUUGGCUCAUCACCCUUGUAAUUUCGUUUGUGUUCGAAAUGAUCGAACUGACCAAGUAUUUACUGCCGCCCCUGUCGUCGUCGCCACCAUCGCAUUAACCACGGCUUGACUAAAAUGGCUGUUCUUUAUUCAUGCAAAAUAUGCACUGAUCUCAAUCUCGUAUUUCUUCUGUCGCG